UUUGCGCUGCGCAGGAGACUACGACUCCCAGAAUCCUCCGGGUGGGCACUGGAGCGCCGCCCCUCGCUGCCGUAUAUAUGCGGGCUGCCGUGUACCAGAUUUGAAGCUCACUAAGCAUGUAACCAUUGUUCUAGUUACAAUGGGAGAUAACAAGCCCCAGUAUGAGAACACCUGCAGCUCGGAGAGUGACCGUGAGUCAAUGAAGAGCAAAUCCGAUUCUCCAGAAUUAAAGUCCAGUGAGGACGAGUCACACAGCAACGGGAAUAGAGAAAACCCUCCAGCAAAUAAACACACUCAGUGUAAACGACACACACUGGAUAAAAGGGGACAAACGCAGACCAGACACCGGGCACGGUUGGAGAAGACGUUUGCAUGCACAGACUGUGGUAAAAGUUUCACCCGGAGAUCAUCUCUGGUCACGCACCACAGAAUUCACACAGGAGAGAAGCCAUUUGUCUGCCCGGACUGUGGCAAAAGCUUUACCGAUAGCUCGAAUCUGGUGAAACACCAGAGGACCCACACUGGAGAGAGGCCAUACGCAUGCACCGAGUGUGGCAAGACCUUCACCGACAGCUCAAACCUUAUCGCACAUCAGAGAGCCCACACGGGGGAGAAGCCCUACGUCUGCGAUGACUGCGAGAAGAGCUUCACGCUUAUUUCCAACUUGGUGACUCAUAAGAGGGCGCACACAGGGGAGCGGCCUUACGGCUGCACAGAAUGCGGGAAGACGUUUUCCCGUAGCUCCCACCUUGUCACUCACCAGCGAGCGCACAGAGGAGAGCGUCCGUAUUCCUGCGGCGAGUGCGGCAGGCGUUUCACUCAGAUCUCAAACCUCAUCGCCCACCAGAGAGCUCACACGGGUCUGCGGCCUUACGCUUGCUCGGUCUGCGAGAAGAGUUACACGCAGAGGUCCAAUCUUAUCGAGCAUCAGAGGACGCACACCGGGGAGAGGCCGUACGUCUGCAAUCAGUGUGGAAAGGGCUUCAAUCACAACUCGAGCCUUAUCAAACAUAGAAAAGUACAUGUAAAGCAUACUACACGUAAGUGGGUUCCGGGGUCAGCUGAACAAGCCGAUGACUGGAGUCCGUGAGGGGAGCCGUGUUACCUAUAGUGUGUUACCAUGAGGGAGAUGAAUGAAGCAGUGAAAAGAGUAGAUAGGUGAACCAUUGGAGAAGUUGUCCAUGGCAACCAAUCAGCUGCUACCUAUACAUUUAUAGAAUGCACUUGAUACAUGUUACUUCAAAGCUCAUAUGUUGCUAUGGGCAACUUCUCCACUGGCUACCUUCUCCACUCUUUUCUCUGCUUCAUAUAUCUCCACCUAUGUGUCCUACAACGACAGACACACUAUAUUAUCGUACAUGCAGCCUAUGAGUGACGUCAGAAUUGUGAAAACGUGUGAAUCCUGGAGUUUGCCAACGGUAGCAUACUGUAAAUCUCAUGGCUGAAGAUCUCAUGGUUCCAUAACCUUACCUUAAACGAUUGGUUGUAUUUAUACUGCACCAUAGACCCAAAUCUUUGCACUUACCAUAAAAUAAAAUAAAAUAUAUUUAAUUGUU